UCCGUGAAAUCGAGUCCGAUAGCUGCCGCCUCUCGCUCACCCCCCCCCCUUCCUUCACCACCGCCACCACUACUGACCGCCGAUCUGCUCGUUUCUUUCGCGAUCGCGAACUCGCUGCCCGCUUCCGCUCUCGUUGUUGCGUUCGGGACGCGCCUGGUAAGUGUGAUUCUCGUGCGACGAGCCAACGCCGAGACGCCGAGUGUACUUCGACGUCUUGCGAACUUCUCGGCGGACGCCGAAGAAAGGCCGCCGAACGACUUCGCGGAGUAAAAGUUCGGAAAAAAAAAAUGGGCAGAGAGAGAUCAGCGAGCUGACAGUCGCGCGCUACGAAAUCACGAGGAUUUGGCAAAGUGGAGUCGAUCGGGUGUCCGCUGCCUGAAAGAAAUCCUCUCGUGUCCCCCGUAUAAUCGGAGGUUUGAGAUUCUCGCCGUCCCUGCGUGUUCCUGGGGGAGAGACGGGACCUGGCGACAAUCCUGUUUCUCUCGGCUGCACCUCCCGCAGGUAAUCAGUAAGUUGUGUCACAGUCCUUGAAUUUUACUUGAGACUACAACCGUCAUGGAAUCGUCAGACAGGAAGAACGUAUAUCUUACGAAAACCGGUGACAAUUCCUUGAACUCUGGAACUAUGAUUGUCGGCCAGACUAAUAUGGCACCAGAAUGUGGUGGAGAAGGUGUAAUGAAGCCCAACAAUGUGUCUAACGUUUCCACUAAUCAAACAAAGUGGUCUAAUAGUAGCGGCCCUAAAAAUUAUAUUAUCAAUGCAGUGCCAGUGAAGAAUGAGAUCGUGCAUCUUGAAGACGGAAAUGCACAUUGCAACAAUAAGAAAAUGUAUUACUAUGAUAGACAUUACACCGGUCACGAAGAGCCAACAGAGAGGCCGACACGUAGAGGAACGAAGAGAUACAGGGACAAAGAUGCACCGAAACGAGCGCUAUCUGCAUUUUUUUACUUCUGCCAAGAACUACGUGGCAAGAUGAGAGAAUUGCACCCUGAGAUGGGAGUAGGUGACAUUGCGAAGGAAUUAGGAAAAUUGUGGAUGAGCACGGAUUUGCAGACGAAAUCCAAGUAUAUGGCUAUCGCGGAGGAAGAUAGAGCUCGAUAUGAAAGAGAAAUCAUCGCAUACAACAAGAGAGUUAAAAAUUAUGACCCGGAAGAAGUUGGAACUGUAUAAAUUGUAAUACGGAUCCACGGGACGAAUAAGAAUGACAACUUUAUUCUAAUUCGAGUAUUCGAAUACUUCAGCAGACAAACGAGUUUCAGAAUUGCAACAAACAAGCGAGUUUUACUACUAACCUAGAAUUAUCGUUGUAUAUAUUAUGUAUACUGUUGAUAUUGUCCGGAAAAAAGAAAUUCUUACGAAAAUAUUCGGUUAUAUACUUAGGUGAGGAAAAGCUAAAUUCAAAAAAGAGCGAGUUCCAUUUUAUAAUGAAUUUCUAUAUCUUACGCAGACACUAUUAUAUACAUAACCAACUUGUGCUUCUUUCAUAUGUAAUUAUAUGUGUUAUAUAUAAUUAUAUAUUUUACAUAUGAUUAUAUGUAAUAGGCACAAUAGAACCUUGAUUAUCUAUUUCAAAUCCAUUUCAUCAAACGCAUUUGAUUAUUCGAGCGUUCUUUAUAUUACUCAUGUAAUCUAGCAUUCGGUCGAUCAGGCGUUCGAAUAGUCAAGAUUUUAUUAUAUAUAUAUUUUAAGAAUAUAGUAAGAAUAUAUAAUAGUUCAACAAAUGAUAACUGCUAUGCUAUUACAUUGCAUUAAUAUUAAGCAACGAUAAUGACAAUGGUAACGUUCCCAAAUAAUAAAAACGUACAUGUUGCACUAUGCACCUAUAUUGCAAUGUAGAAUUAUAGUAGAUCGCUUUGUCGAGAUGUAAGAAGUGAUGGUGCGAAUGAGAGAUUAAUCAACCAGAAUAAUAAGGAAUGCAAGAUAAUACUAUAUUAAGAUAGAGACAAAUACCUGUAUGUAACAUGUGGCAAUUUUAUCACAGAAGAAUGUGAAAGAUAAUUUCGCUACCUCGUAAUAAUUGAUUUUGUUAACGGAAAUAAUAUUUCAUGAUGCAGUGGGUAAGAAAAAGUGAUAUAAAAGUGAUUAUCAUUUAUUUGGAACGAUAUUUAUUAUUAUCAGAACACAACACUAAACAUCUUGGAAGAAACUAAAGGACGAUUAUAAAACAAUAGCUAACAUUUCUAAUAUACUUACCAUUAGAACAAUUACAAUGAUACGGAAUUAAACAUUUUAAAAAUAUAUAAUAGAUUAAAAACCUGUUUCCAAUAUGAUUUCUAAUAAAAUAUAAAAAGAAAAUUUUUCGUGAGAAACUAAAAAUUUUAACAAUUCAGAAAACUGUCAAAUCGAAAUGUAAUAGAUGACAAAACGCUUUUAUUUCACUACUAUUAAAGUAUUAGUCAACAAAUAUUUUGUUGACUUUUUAUUUUUCAUAAAACUCUUCCUUUAGUUACAUUUAUUAUACUCGUGUCAAGAUUUGGUUGAGUACACAUUUGCUUUUACAAAAAAGGUCUCGAAUAAAAAGCGUCAUGCACUGAUGUUUUUUCUGGAAAAUUUGAAAAGAAUCCAUACCUUUCUUCACCCACUGAAUGUUUUUUUAUGAGUUAAAUUCAUAUAUAUGCAAAUUUUAUUCCAUCUUUACGGACAGAUAAAAGUCAAUAGAUUCAAUAAAUUGAUUGAAGAGAAUAAUUGAUAAUAAUGAUUGCACUGCUAACAAUCAUAUUGAAAAUAAAAAAUACAAUAAAACCGAAUUCUUUAUACAUGUCUUAUCGGACGCUACACAUAUGCAUACUUUAAGCAUAGAUCUAUAUGAAUAUAUCAGGGAAUUGUAUCAAGAUCCCGAAAUACGACGAAACGUAUAUUCUAUGUAUUUCCUUUUUUUCAAUAAAGGUAAAAUAGAUAAAAA